CUUAAUGUCCAUUCAAUUAACUAUAACUAAGAAAAUCCAAUGAUUUUUAUUAUUAAUAAUAAAACAAUUAAAAUAUUUUUCGGGUAAACGAUUGGAUCAGCUGUUAUUAGCGGACAAAAGACAUGUCGGCCACCAUCGAGAGCUCCGAUAUCAAUAACAUACACGAAGAUCGCUACCAAUAUACCAGCGAUUGGCUAAUCUCGACAAAGAGAUCCCAUAUCUUGCAAUCAAAGUGUGUCUCGCCGUUCAUCUGCGACAAGACUAAGACCGCUAUCGCCAACACCGCCGCUGACACCGUCACCGAUAGCUUGACCAAUGCCGGCGAUGAUGGCCAUCAACAGCAGCCGCCGCCGCCGCCUUCUCAGAUGGAUUUGGAUCGGCUGUGUAUGACCUGCCGCUACGAACAGAUACUCGAAUUGCCGCACAUGCCCGACAUGACCUACGCCAACAAUUGGCUAACACUUGUCCACAGUAGCGGCUUUCGGCUAGAGUUCAACUGUUUGGACGCACUGAGACUGGUCUCUCGGCAGCUGCCGGCCCAUCUGAAAGUCGAUGCCGCCGCCGAAUGGAUGAAGGCUCGGGCUGACAGCGAGUUUACAAAAGUUACGAAAAAAGUCUUCGACUGGACGUUUACUACCGACUAUAAGGGCACGAUUACAACAUCAUCGGUAGUGCCAACAACCGAUGGCCACGAAGACGGUGGUAGUGUAGUAGUAGUGGAGGUGGUGGACACUGACGAACGGAUCGACAUUGAAAAACUCAAAUCAAAAGACGAGAUACUAUUCUACGAUGAAGUGGAUCUGUUUGAGGACGAACUGGCCGAUCACGGUGUGGCCAAAUUGUCGGUCAAAAUUAGAGUUAUGAAACAAUCGUUUUUCAUAUUAAUGCGCUAUUUUCUCCGUAUCGACAAUGUAUUGGUCCGCAUGAAUGACACCCGACUCUACCAUGAGGUGGGAACCGACUAUAUCCUACGGGAGUACACCCACCGGGAUGCCUAUGUCCGCGAUCUGGACAUAUCGACUGCCGUACUCAUAGAUCCCGUACAGCUUAGCCAACAUUUGCCAGCCAUUGAUAUCCAAUGUCACAAGUUAUACAUUAAACAACAACAACAUCAACAACAAACAAAAAUUUAAGUUUCAAUAUUGUGUUUGUCUUUUUAGUUUUUAUUAUUAUAAUCAUUAAUAAAUUGUAUAUAUAUUUUUUAAUUGAAGAUA